GCCCCGCCGGGGAAACCAGAUGAAGCACAUCUGGACAGCUGUGCUGAGAAAGUUUGUGGGCCUCUUCCAGGCCUGCCACCCGCAAGGCACGUCCCCCACGUAGCCUCCUGCUAGCCACUUACUACUUAAUUUUUUUUUCCCCAAGAAGCAAUAAGCAACCCACGCUUGAAUCUUUUUCUCUCCCUCCCCCCCACCCCCCAUGUGAGGCGAGGCCACAUCACAUUCAACACAGUUUAGUUUUCAUGGGGCUUUGAGAUCAAAAGAACAGAAACAGCAACCAAAGCUCAGCUGCCUUCUGAUCCUAACUGACAAAGUGGGGAGAGUAAGGUGUGCGCAAACAGGACAAGUUGGGUCAUGGGGAGUUUCAAAGGACAUGCUCUCCCUGGGAGUUUCUUCUUCGCCAUGGGCUUUUGGUGGACUAUGAAGAACAUCCUGAAAUCUGUCUACAAAAGGCAAACUCGAACCUGCUACCUUAACUCUAAAACAUUAUUACGUCGGACAGAGAUUUGGGAAGGAGUUGUUGUGCUUUUAAUGUCUCUCACUGGUAUAGCUGGUGAACAGUUUAUCUCAGGAGGACCUGCCUUGAUCUUGCAUAAAGAUGGCCAGUGGAACCAGAUCCUGGGCUGGCAUCACACAACCAUGUACUUAUUCUUUGGGCUACAGGGUAUAACCCAAAUCAUAUGUUUCACUACUAAUGUACUUCCACUUUCCUCAAGCAAGUUAAUGUUAUCAAUUGCCAUCUUUGUGGAGACAUUUAUGUUCUACAACCACACACACGGUCGGGAAAUGAUUGACAUUUUUGUACACCAACUUCUGGUCUUCGUUGGCACAUUUUCGGGUCUGGUUGCCUUCUUGGAGUUCCUCGUAAAGAACAACGCACUUCUGGAGCUCCUGCGGUGCAGUCUCCUCAUGUUUCAAGGAACCUGGUUCUGGCAGAUGGCGUUUGUGCUGUACCCCCCUAGUGGAAGUGCUACAUGGAACCUGUCAGAUAUUCAAAAUAAAAUGUUUCUCUCAAUGUGCUUUUGCUGGCAUUAUGCAUCAAUCCUUAUCCUCAUUGGAGUAAAAUAUGCUUUGGCCAACUGGUUAGUCAAGUCUAGGCUGAGGAAGGGCUGCACCUCAGAAGUUGGACUCCUGAAGCAUGCUGACCGUGAGCAAGAAUCAGAAGAAGAAGUAUGAUCUUGAAGUCUUUCUUGAUAAGCCUUCUCCCUUUGCGUUGCCUUUGUUCAUGGCUUUGUUUCUUGACCUCUGGUCUCAAGAACACUUGUCUGAGGCUGACUCCAUGCUGUUUGUACUUCCAGUUUUGUUAAAGUGUUGGACUUUAAGUAUCUUACUUUCAGCUCUGAAAGAACCAUGAGUGAUAAAUUCACUUUUUACACUGUGCAUGCCAUGUAAUUCAAGACCAAUCAUAAUUGUUUUCCAAAGUUUAGUUUCGUGUCCAUUUAUUAAAAAUAUUUUUUUUAUUUUCCGGGUAGAUACCUUCAAGAUUUGUGGACUUGCCAUCACUGUAAUACAUGACGUGUUGACUUGUAUUUGUCUAUCUUGUUGCCACAAUGGAAAAUAAAUGAAUGCAUGCACCUUGGUGCAGAAACCAAAAAUCCUCAUUUUUUUUUUCUUAGUAAAGUAUACCGCACCCUCACAUGAUACAGAAAAAAAUCUGCAUGUACAAAAUUCCAUUUCUUUGAGACUUUUCUCUAUGGAGAGCUUGAUGCAAAAGGUAGAGCAGAAGUCUUCUUCUGCAUUUUCAAAAAGUAAUGAUGUUGAGACAUAUAGUUUCAAAGAUGACAGAGACUAGGAGAGAGGAAUUGUGGUAUUCACAUAACCUAGCGUUGGUCACUGUGCCAUUUGCUCUGUUAAUGAGGUAAAGGAUUAAAUAACAAGCCUUUCUACAAUCCUAGGUAAAAAGUCUUUUUGCCCUGUGGGCCAAGAAACUCCCAGAUGUGUGUAAAAAAAAAAUUAUGCAUAUUACUCUGGCCCUACUGUUAACCACUCUCCAUGUUUCUCAUAAUUAGCUCAUCUUUCUUCUUGUACUUGAUCUUAGUUAAAAGGCCAAAAGGUGGUUCUUCACUCUAAAUUAAAGGGGUUAAAAUGACUUAAUAGGCAUAUGGACCCUUUCUUACUAUCACAUCCUAUGAAUCUCAAAUGGAAACAAGAAGAGAACUAAAUUAAUACAAUGUUACACAUCAUGGUGGACCUGAAGAAUGAGAUGAAUAUAAUCUUCUUGCCCAAAAACUGGGAGCAGUCAUCUUGCUACAUAAGAUUUUAAAAAGACAGAUGUGAGUACCCAAAAAUAUCUCUUGAGCUGUAAGUGAGUGUACUCCAGGAUACAAGGUACCGAUAUGUCAUGGUCCUCUGACGAUCAUGUGUUCUGCUCAUGUCUGUCUUAGAUUUAAGGACUCUAUUUUAGACCAACAACAUUCUGUGACUGCCACAUUUGAGCUUCAAAGGAACCAGGAAUCAGCCUCAGCUAGUUGAGACAAGUCACUGAUAUUGAUGACAGAUAAGGUUACACCCGGAAGUUUGAAAGCCAAUGAAUCCAGAUUUUCUGCUGUUUUUAUGAGAAUACAGAGAUCACUACUUCUCCAGGUUCAAACCCAGAGAAUACAAGUAAACUUCAACCCAGGGAGUUCUCAGAACAUCUGAGUCUGAGACCAGUUCAGGAAUGCUUCCCUACAGUGUCUGAAAUAAAAACCUUUCUUGC